AGAAGGAAUUUUAUUGAAGGCGUUGAAUCAAAGUCAUCAAUCUCUUUCCUCCUUUUUUUUCUUGACUUCUAUUUAUCGUCCCGGGCACUAGCAUCUUCGGUUAAUCGCCACUAGACAGUAUUCAGUUGAGUUGCUGGUCUAUAUAUUAUAUCGUUUUCGGAUUUUCUUUUCGUUUUCCUUUAUUACGGACUAACGUUGGGGUUCUUUUCGAAACGAUUACUAUUCCGAGUGCUCUCUAUCGAUAAGGGCUUCCAAGAAAACUUCACCCCACCCACUCAGAGAACAGAAAGACUUUUGGUUGACCCCCUUCGACCCCGCUAUUAUUGAUCCACUUACUUCAGGUUCUUUUUUCUCUUCUUUCUCGCCUUACCGACAGGCUUUGAUUCUUUCCCCUUUCCCGCUUCCGCCGAUUUCAACCCCCCUCCCCCCCCCCCUCUCAUAUACCAACACAUAUAUCCGACAAAAUGGUGUCUGCAUCCAAAGCCGCUCGUUUGGCCAAGCGUGGCGACACUAAGAAGAAGGUCGGCAAGGGCAAGAAGGAUGGCGACGAGUCCCCCGUGGUCGACAGUGACGUCCCGACUGAUGACCAGCCCGCCACCACCUCUGAGAAGAUGAAGGAGGUUGAGAAGCUCACAGCCCAGAUGGACAAGCAUGGUCUUUCGGAUCGUGUCACAACUGGUGUGCUCUCCUCCAUGGAAGCCUCUCGUGACGUCAAGGUCACUUCUGCUUCUCUGGUGUUCCACGGCAAGGUCCUCAUCACCGACUCUACCCUCGAGCUGAACUUCGGUCGUCGUUACGGUCUUCUGGGUGAGAACGGCUGUGGCAAGUCUACUCUGCUGAAGUCGAUCGCCCAGCGUGAAUACCCUAUUCCCGAACACAUCGAUAUCUACCUUCUGAACGAAGGUGCCCCCCCUACCGAUCUCGGUGCCCUAGAAUGGGUCGUCACGGAGGCACAGAAUCAGCUUGAUCGUAUGGAAAAGCAGGCUGAAGAUAUCCUUGAGGAGCAAGGCCCAGACAGCCCCAUCCUGGAGGAUCUGUACGAUCGUAUGGACAAAAUGGAUCCCUCCACCUUCCACACCCGUGCCUCCUUGAUCUUGACUGGUCUGGGAUUCAACAAGACCACGAUCAACAAGAAGACCAAGGAUAUGUCUGGUGGUUGGCGUAUGCGUGUGGCCCUUGCCAAGGCUCUCUUCGUCAAGCCCUCCUUGCUUUUGCUGGACGACCCUACGGCUCACUUGGAUCUCGAGGCUUGUGUGUGGUUGGAAGAAUACCUGAAGAAAUGGGACCGUACCCUCGUCCUGGUUUCCCACUCCAUGGACUUCUUGAACGGUGUCUGCACCACCAUGAUCGAUAUGCGCAUGAAGCAGCUCCUGUACUACGGUGGUAACUACGACUCUUACCACAAGACCCGUAGCGAACAGGAGACGAACCAGAUGAAGGCCUACAACAAGCAGCAGGAAGAAAUUGCCCACAUUAAGAAGUUCAUUGCUUCCGCCGGUACAUACGCCAACUUGGUUAGACAGGCCAAGUCGCGCCAGAAGAUCCUCGACAAGAUGGAGGCCGAGGGUUUCAUCCAGCCCGUUGUCCCCGACAGAGUCUUCAGCUUCCGCUUCGCGGAUGUUGAGAAGCUUCCUCCUCCGGUUCUGUCCUUCGAUGACGUCAGCUUCUCCUAUUCUGGCAACUGGGAAGACACUCUGUACGAGCACCUUGACUUCGGUGUUGAUAUGGACUCUAGAACUGCCCUGGUCGGCCCCAACGGUGUUGGCAAGUCCACCCUGCUGCGCAUCAUGACUGGAAAGUUGCAACCCAUUGGUGGUCGUGUCAGUCGUCACACUCACUUGAAGUUGGGCAUGUACAGUCAGCACUCCGCUGAACAGCUUGACCUGACCAAAUGUGCUCUUGACUUCGUUCGCGACAAGUUCCCCGACAAGAGUCAGGAUUACCAGUACUGGCGUCAACAGCUUGGCCGUUACGGUCUGAGUGGUGAAUCCCAGACUGCUCUGAUGGGCACUCUGUCCGAGGGUCAGAAGAGCCGUAUCGUGUUCGCUUUGCUGGCCAUCGAAGCGCCUAACAUGAUCCUUCUCGACGAACCUACCAACGGUCUCGAUAUCCCCACCAUUGACAGUUUGGCCGAUGCCAUCAACUCCUACAGCGGUGGUGUCGUCGUCGUGUCCCACGACUUCCGUCUCCUCGACAAGAUCGCCAAGGAUAUCAUGGUCUGUGAGAACAAGACCGUCACCCGGUGGGAUGGCACUAUUGGCCAGUACAAGAACCACCUGCGCAAGAAGAUGAUUGAUUCCGGUGCUGUCUAAAAAUAGGGCAUACCAUAAAACGAAGGAAAACGACGCUUCUUGUUAUGAUUGGAAUGUCAGAGACGACAAUGAGAAUUUCAAAAGCUGCAGGGGAGUUUGAAAAAAAAAAGUUUCUUACAGGAGAAAUGAUCCAUCCUGAGUGAUACAGUGACAUGGGCGGGGGACGGUUUUCUUUCUUACAUACAUAUCUGGAGAUAUCUGCUCUUGCGUGUUUGGGUUGCUUUAUUUUUAUUAGAUGGUCUGUCUGUGUUUCAUACCUCAUUCCCUGCUAGACCCUUUUGAGUUUCAGGGGUUCAAUCUAUUUUUUUCCCACCCUUUUCUUUACACCUAUUAUAUCACUUUGCCGUUUGUUAUAGAGAUUGUGUAGGGAUUCCCUCCUUUUUUUCUUUUUUGAUGGUCCUUGCAUUGGGAUCAGGGCUUAGAACUUAAUGACGAUGACAUGGUCUACGGGAUUCUUCUCCGUUCAACAAGAAGUUCAGCCAAAAGUUUAGACAUAAUUUAAUGCACGUUUUGCGGGUUGACAUGUAUUCCUUUUCGCUAGUAAAACUC